AUGACAUCUAUUAUAUGUAAAUAUAUCUAUGUAUGUAUUUUAUGCAUUGAUCAUCUUUGUUUUUAUCUAUGUUAUUUUCCUCUAUUCUAUCAUAUCUAUCUAUCUAUCUAUCUAUCUAAGCUCUUUUCAUUAGAUAUGCUUUUUGAUUAUCUAUCUAUCCAUGCUUUUCAGAUCUAUCUAUCUAUCUCAUCUAUCUAUCUAUCUAUCUAUCCAUCUAUGGUUCAUUCUUCGAUCUAUGUCCAUCCAGUUCAGAAAUAUCCUAUCUAUCUAUCUAUUUAUUCUAUCUAUCAUAUCUAUCUAUUGAAAGACCGUCUAUCUAUCCAUCCUUUUUAUUAUCUAUCUAUAUCAUCUAUCUAUCUAUCUAUCUAUCUAUCUAUCUAUCUAUCUAUCUAUAUAUCUUUUUUUCUACCUACCUUAUUAAGGCUUAUUUUCUUUCUUUCUUUCUUUUGUUCGUACUUUUUACCUUCAUUAAAUCCAUUUUUUAUUCUUUAUUUUCAUUUAUUUAAUUUUUUUCCUUUCCUUCCAACAUUAUCAUUCUUAUUCUUCAUUUUUUUCCUAGUUCUUUUCUUUCUUCCUUCUUCCCUUCUUAGUGUCAUGUCUUUUAUCGUUCAUUUUUCCUUCUUUUUAACUCUUUCCUUCCUCCAAUUUUUCAUUUAUUUUUAA